UCUAUUUUGUUAUUAAAAUAUAUAAAGUUUAAUUGAUGACAUGCUUUUUCUAAAUGUACCAAUAUCAAAUAAUUUCAGUUCACAAUAGGUUAUUUUUUUAUCAGCAGCAACUUCAAGGAAGUACAUAUUAGUAUGCAAUAUAAUGUUUAUGUGAAAUGUGCGGUGAAAUUAUUUAAAAAAGAAUAAAUAAUUUAUCCUAAAAAAUAAGUUGAGUACGUUGGAUAUGUCGCAUUGGAAAAGUAACAAAGAAUGGGUUGUGUCAAUAGUAGAACAGAUAUUAAUGAUCUACAUCCAAAUGUUUUUCAAGUGAUGAAUGUAGAUGAUUUAGGUAAUUUAAUUACACCUGGACGUUUAGAAGUUACAGAAACUGACAUAGUGCUUUAUCAACGUGGUAAACAGCCUAUUAAGUGGCCACUACGUUGUUUAAGACGAUAUGGCUAUGAUGCUGAAAUUUUUAGUUUUGAAUCAGGAAGAAGAUGUUCUACAGGGCCAGGCAUUUAUGCUUUUAAAUGCCGUAGAGCUGCACAUUUAUUUAAUCUUGUGCAAACAAAUAUUCAGGUUUGUAAUAAUAGUGGAGAUGAUACAAUGUCUAGAGAACUUCCAGUUGCUUCUCAUUCUGCUCCAACAGUAACAAGAGUGACAAUACCAGUUGAGCCUAAUUAUUUGGAUCCUAUAUUAAAUAGAUCUAAUAAUCAUGUAGGUCCUAGAUUUGUUCACAAUCAACAAAAUGGAGUUGGAAGACUCGAUAGUGUAGGAAGUAGCACUGGUUUUAUGUCAUCUCAAGGAAACAUAAACUCUCCUACAUCACCUCCUGUGCUGCCACCACCACCACCACCACCACCACCACCACCAUUUCCUCAACCACAUCCGUCCUCACUUUAUAUGAAUGAAGAAGUAUUGUCCUCUCUAUCAUUAGAAAUGGAACAUAAUAACAACAAAAGCCUUAGAAGAGCAAUACAAAGGUCUUGUACAGUCAGUAAUUCUAUAUCUGAUAAUGGAUCAGCAUCACUAGAAUUAACAUCUGUACAUAAAAAUACAGAAGUCACUUCUCAAAUUAAAUCACCACUUUCAAUAGCAACUUAUAUAAAUAUAGAUAUUAAUAAUGAUGUUAGUCCAUUAUCUCCAACUCAUAGUAUAUCUGAAAUAAUGCCAUUUAAAGAAGAUAAAAAUGAAAACAAUGAAUGUGGACAUGCUUAUAUAAAUAUAAAUCCUCAAGAACAUGCUGAAUCUUUUAGUGUUAAACCACGACCUUUACCAUUGUCAUCUAUUCAAUCUGAUAUAGAAGAAGCAACAAGACAUUGUUAUGCUAAUUUAGAGUCAAAUGAAAUUGAAAAUUUAAGGAAAAGAUUUUCCGGAGUAUCUAUUGCGGAAAAAUCACCUUUGCCUCCAUCAACGCCUACAGGUGGUCCAAUUAGAGAAGUAAAUUAUGCUGUAUUAGAUUUGGAUACAAAAGAUGUGCCAAUGAAUUUACCAUUAGAUGGUCCUUCAAAUUCCACUGCAUCUCCUCCAGAAUCUCCAAAUAAACUACAAAAAGGGUAUGCUACAAUAGAUUUUAAUAAAACGGCCGCUCUUUCUCAUUCAGUCAAUCCAAAUAUUGUAAAUGAUAAUGAAGGUUCAAGAAAAACACGUCACAAUUCUACAAUUAGUGAUUUAGCCUCUGGUAGGCGUAGUUCAUCUAUAAGUGAAUAAUAAGUUUUUUGUUUACUGAUUGUGCCUGCAUGUAAUUGAAUAUCUGUAGCAUUUUAUAGAAAGUAUAAAAUAUUUGAUUAAAUAUAAAUAAUUUAAUAAUAUAAAACCAAA